ACGCAUGCAUGCCCGAGUCCAAGGGAGCAAAACAAAAGGAAGGAUAGAUGAGGAGAGUGGUGGCAUUAACUACUGUUCACAGACUGGGAGUAGGUAGUUGAGGCAAGGGCUGGACGCCAUUAUAAGCAGCAGGAAGAAGGAAGAAGAGAUGAGCAUAGCCAGGGUUCUUCCUUCUUCCCCAGCCGCCUAACUAUUCUUAUACAGCUCCAUCGCCUCAUCAUCGGUCGCGGGCAGCAGCUGCUUCCUGAAGUAAGCAUGGCGUCCUCCAACAGGCACUGGCCGAGCAUGUUCAGGUCCAAUCCUGCCGCCGCCUGCGACUUUCACCACCAGCCUGACAUGAACAACCACCACAGCAGGCCCUCCUUGACCUCCUCAGGGAUCGACCAGGAGAGCGGCCGGACCCCUGGGGAAACGAAACCGCGGUGGAACCCGAGGCCGGAGCAGAUCAGGAUCCUGGAGGGGAUCUUCAACUCCGGCGUGGUCAACCCGCCGCGCGACGAGAUCCGCCGCAUCCGACUCCGGCUCCAGGAGUACGGCCACGUCGCCGACGCCAACGUCUUCUACUGGUUCCAGAACCGCAAGUCCCGCACCAAGAACAAGCUCCGCGCCGCCCAGGCCGCCGCGCAGGGCCAGCAGCCCACUGGCCGCGCCGCCCUGACGCGCGCUCCGGCGCCUUACGCAGCGCCUGCGCCUCCCGUGACGCCGCCACGGCAUCUCCUCGCGCCGGCUGGUACGCUGCUGCAGGGGCCAACGUCCUCGUCGUCCUCCUCCUCCGACCGCUCCUCCGGAUCCAGCAGGUCGGUGACAAUGAAGCCGGCGGCCUCCCAGGCGAUGAUGCCGCCGUCGGCUGCCACUACCAUGGGCCUGUUCACACCAUCGCCGCCUGCGUCGUCGCCGGCGCUCUCCGCGUGCCAGCUCUACUGCCCGCAGAGCCAUCCCAUGCCGAUGCUGGCGCCUGCGACGUCGGUGCGCGAGCUGAUCAACUCAACACCGGAGUCUCCCCCACCUCUCCUCCUGCAGUGGCCCCCGCAGAGCCAGUAUCUGCCGGCCACCGAGCUCGGCGGCGUCCUCGGCUCCCACGCCCACACUCCAGUCUCCACCAACGCGCAUCUGUCCAGCCUGUGCAACGAAGCUGCGUUAGGGCAGCAAGAGAUCGUCGACGUGACCUGCUGCUCCAAGCUGGGGCUCGGCAGCGGCCAGUUCUUCAGCACCACCACCACCGGCACUACCGAUCUGCCGAGCCACAGAACCGACGCCGUGAGCGCCGUGUUCACGGAAGACGAGAAGGCCAGGCUGGGGACACUGCACUACGGCCUCGGUGCCGUCACCACCGCCGCCGCUCCCGCUGCCUUCGACGUCAGUACGGCAACCGCCCUUCCAUGCGCCGCGCCGGCCAACAAUGCCGCCGCCGCAAGCUCUGCAUUCACCGAUCAGCUGCAAGGGCUGGUGGACGCCGGGCUACUGAUGGGCGGAGGAGCGCCGGCGGCACCGGCGAUGGUGGUGGCUGUGGCUGCGGCGCGGCCGGAUGUGGGCGCGCAGUGGUUCAGCGUGCCAGCGAUGACGCGCCUCGACGUAGGGCUGUUCGGCGAGGCGGCCGUGCUGCUGCGCCACACCGGCGAGCCGGUGCCCCUCGACGGUUCCGGGGUCACCGUCGAGCCGCUCCACCACGGCGCCGUCUAUUACGUCUUGGUGUGACGUGACGAGUAAAGGGCGCGCGGGAAAAAUCGCUCGAUGAGAUACACACGAAGCGUCUGUUUGGGAAGGCGAAUUACUCUAGAAAUAGCUAGCCAUAAUCUCGCGAAUUACGUACUCUAGAAGUAGCUUAGCUAAUCUCGCGAAAAAACCCAGUUCCGAUGGAGACCCUACAUAAAGCUAGCUGAUAAUACUCCUGUAUUCUGUUUCGAUCUGUAUGUAUUCUGUUUCGAUCUGUAUGGAUC